AUGUAUAACCAUUUUCGAAAUCUAUAAGAGAGACUUUCUCCCAAGAAUCAGCAAAUAAAUUGCAAUUUUCCAUCUGAUAGAUUUCAUAAUAGUAAAUCCCCUCUUACUAAUCAUAAGUUGAUUCAAAAUCCAAUAAAACAUAACUCUCAAGACAGAACUCUAUUUAACUCCAUCAAUUUCAACGACGAAGCAUAGAUGCAAAAAACCCCUUGUUUCUUAAGUAUAGAUAGUUUUCGAUCCAGAUCGAAAAGUCCCAUGUUAAUAUCUAUUUAAAAAUCCCCAAAACAAUAGGGACUGCCAAUAAAAAAGAAUUUAGCAAAUGAAUUUUACUUGAAUUGGAAUAAGUUAUCAUCAGAAAAGACAUUGAAACAAAAAUAAUUGAUUAAUAUUAACAUGAAUGAUAUUGCUUAGGCUCUUCAAGUGCCUUAAUCAAAUAUUAGUAAAUAAAACUUGAAAAAUUUUGAAAACAUCUUUUAACAAUUACUACUUAAGUAUGGAUCAACAUAAUAAUUAUAAAAAACAACAAUUAAAAAAUAAUAAUAGGAUGAUUAUGAAAAUGACGAAGAACUAAAAGUUGACACUUAAGUUUGUGUCAAUAAAUCUAAUUUUGCUUACCAUUUUAUCAUAGGCAAGGGAGGCUUUGGUAAAGUAUGGAAAGUUGAAUUAAAGAAGAAUAGAACUCUCUAUGCAAUGAAAGAAAUGUCAAAGGCUAAAAUUAUUGCUAAAAGAAGUGUGAAUUCUGUUCUAAAUGAACGCAAUCUGUUGACAUAAUUCAAACAUCCAUUCCUAAUUAAUAUGGUCUACUCAUUCUAAGAUAGAGAAAACCUGUAUUUAGUAAUGGAUCUAUUGACUGGUGGUGACUUGAGAUAACACUUAGGUAGAUAAAGAAGAUUUAAUGAACUAUAAACCAAAUUUUUUGUUUCUUGUGUUAUACUGGCCCUGGAAUAUCUACACAAUUAAAAUGUUAUUCAUAGAGAUGUUAAACCUGAAAAUAUCGUUUUAGAUUCGAAAGGUUAUGCAAGAUUAACUGAUCUAGGCAUUGCUAGAAUAUGGAGACCUGAAAACUCAUCUGAUAAUAGUGGAACACCAGGCUAUAUGGCUCCUGAAGUUAUGUGCAGAUAAAAUCAUACUAUUGCUGUUGAUUAUUUCGCUUUGGGAGUUAUGACUUAUGAAUUUAUGUUAGGUUAUCGACCAUACAAUGGAAUAUCAAGAUAGGAAAUUAAAGAUCAAAUCAUAUCAAAAUAGGUUUAAGUAAAAAGAACUUAAAUUCCUAACGAUUGGUCUCUUGAAGCAGCUGAUUUCAUUAAUAAACUAAUUUAGAGAAAAUAAACCAAAAGAUUAGGCUUUAAUGGGCCUGAUGAAAUUAAGAAACAUAUUUGGCUCUAAGGGGUUCAAUGGAAUAAACUCUUAAACAAAGAAAUCUAAUCUCCAUUUAUUCCCUCACCUAUAUAGGAAAACUUAGAAUAUAACAUAAGCAUAGACACGGAAUCUUAGGAUGAUUUAAUUGAGAAUAAGUUAUUGUUAAAGAAGAAUUCCAUCUAAAAUUUAUUUAUUGGAUAUAACUAUGACUAAAAUACCAAGAUACAAUUGAAGCUAACUAAAAGUACAAGUAGCACUCUCAAUUUAAAUUGA